AUGUCCAGUGAUCACGAAUUCGAUGCAUACGAUCUUUCAGAGUUCACAGAAGAAGAUCUUGCUUGCUUUGAUGUUCAGACCGCAACAAAAUUCAAGCGUUCACCAACCCAUGAUUCAGGCGAACAGACAACAGCAACGGCGAGCACCACCGAUGGCAGUAGGCCAGCUACAGCUCAUUCGGGUGGCCCUGCUGUUAUCAUCGCAAUCGAACAGUCUGAUGACCCUAAUGUUGAUGUCGUAGAGGCAUCCUCCAGUCAUAGUCAGAGCAACAGUAAUACUCUAGGGCCUUCCGCGCUGAAGCCUUUUCAGCGUAGGACGUCAUCUUUCACUUGUCGUAGCCCAUAUCAGUCCCACAGGGAAUGGAGAGGCACCUUUUCUGUCACCGACUUGGUUGGCCCUACUUGGUGUGAGGUCCAAUUCGACUACGGCCUACGUCAAAUGAGAGACAAGCGACUUGAACAACGCCCAAAGUCAUUUACCACAGGUUCAGGCAAGGUGAUCACCGUAAAAGACAAUGUGGCAGCUCAAAAUGACCGCAUAAUCACAAGAGGCAAAUCUGUGCACAGUCAAUUGGAACGUGAAGUCCACCCAGUCAUUAUGAAGAUUAUUACACAAACCGAAGAAGAACGAUGGGGUUUACGUCUACAUAAUUUAACAGUCGGUUUGGAAGAGGUAGUGCACCUCGGAAAAACGCGCGAGUUACCUGUCUUCGGUAUCCUGCAAAAUGAAGUCGUGAUCGGAGUUAUUGAUGAAAUAGUGAAAUGCAUUGACAAGAAGAUCAUGGGUACAAUUGACGCAAAACACACUACGGCGUCUCCAUUUACUAGCCCUGUGAAGAAAAAACAACGUCGCACAAUCUCUCCGUCCCAACCACAACUUUCCACUAUAUCUAUCAAACCGUCGUCGUCCACAAAGCCCGGUCCUUCCGAGUACAUUGAUGAUGAGGGCACUUCACUCGGUGACCUUACGCCCAUGGAAAUCCGGACGGAAGCGAGUAAGGUUCUAUCACCCCAAUCCUUCACCCUACAUGUACUCGAUACCAAGACUCGUCGCACGAACAGUCUUCCGCUUGAUGGCGAUACGUAUGCCUCAAAAUUACAGCUUAUGCUCUACUUCCAACUUCUGUAUUCCCUCAUUUCCCCUGAAAUCAUGGACUUCCCGGCUCUGUGGACUCGUCUGCGUCUCAAUCCUUCCCAACCCUUUUCCAGAAAGUUUAUUCAAGAUAUAGGGUGGUCAAGUAGCGUCAGCCAGCCUACAACUAGUGUGAAUCUCGACUGUUUUGUGGAACGAUGGUGGAAAACGGUGCAAACAGCUAAACAGGAUGCUGGCUUAAGAGGCAUUGAUCGGGAAUUGCAAAUCGUGUACAGGCCACAGCUCAAGGAUACACACUCUAUGCGGAAAGAAAUGGAUAAAGGCAAAGAUAGAAUGAAUGCAAUUGCAGUCCAAGAAGAAUUCGAUGUUGCGCGUGCGGUUGAGGAAAGUCUACAAGAACUCUUCGAAGCUGAAGGUAAUACUAGCAAAGUCUCAACGACAAUGCACAGACCAGUUAUAGCUGGUAAAGGAAGUAAUGACGAAAGAUAUCUGGAAUUAUAUGCGAGUAAAGGAAAGGAAGAAUUACCGAAACAGUUGGAAGAGGACCCAGAACUCGCCUGGGCUCUACACGAGUCUCUUGUCUCUGCUGGAAGAAAACCCGUUAGCGAUGCUGCAACGUACUUACAGGAUUCUAAUGGUAUUUCCACACCUACAACGCGAAGCCUGAGCCCAGUUGUGCAAGCGGACGUUCCUGCAAUAACUAUACUCGGAACAAAAGAAUUUAAUAUGGAUGAAAGUAUGCUCGACUCUCAUCUUACUGAUGUAUUGAAAUGGUGGCAUGGCCAGAGACCUGCUAGAGGAGUGGAAAUUGCCCACUCGCAUAGAUGCUUUACUUGUGAAUACCGUGACGGAUGCGAAUGGAGAGAGCUAAAAGCGAAUGAAGCGGCUGAAAUUUUAAAAGAAUCGAAAAGGACAUGGAAUUCAGAUGCUCGGGAAAUCUAG